AUGCCCAGAGGAGUCUUACAAUAUGAUAGUCUCAGAACUGUUCUACAAUAUAUAGAAGCAAACAAGAGAUUUUGUCUAUCUCAGCGCAUACCAGCAAUCCAUUUCCCCGAAAAAGCCGUGCCUCUCAAAAUCGACUAUCUUCGGUUCACCGAUCUUGGAGUGAACAUCAACUCUACAAUCUAUCAACUGAGUCUCUAUAGAGACUUUCAUCAAGGCGAGGAAGUGGUCGAUUCCUUUCAAAAAGAGAACGAUGAGGAUUGUGGUGGCCUUAACGAUCUGGAUAAGUUCGGUUUUCAAGUUCCCAUAAAUAGGACGGACUUGGUUCCAGGAGAAGUUGUUUUCGGACAAGUGAUCAAUGAAAAUCGUAAUUUCGAACCAAAUGAUCGUCCUUCGUUUCCAAAGUCUCACCAACAAAACGAUGAGCGAAUGAGACGUUACUAUGAGAAACAUCUGGAAAUAUACCAAAUUGCGUUGAUGAGACGUUUGGAGCAAGGAGAUCCAGAAAGAGAAGAAACUCCUACUCGUGCGUUUCCAUGGAUGAUCAGAUUGUUCACAGAUGACGAAUUGCUUGCAAUGGCUGGUCCAGUUCGCCAAGAACUAACUGAGGAGGAGUUAGAAGAGAAACUAGCGGUUUUCACUCGCGUGCCAACCUGGUACCUGGAGAUGAUAAUCACUCUUUUGCGCUAUUGUCUCCAGCCAUUUGACUGCCGACAUAACAAUAGACCACUUCCCUUCACACCACUCAUUCAGCUCACAAUUAAACGUAAAGAUCAAGUGGAACGAAUCGAAAGGUAUCCAUACACAAUGAAGCUGCACGAAGCAAUGCGAAAACUCAGCUGGUUGAUGUUUGGAGGGCGGACUUCAGUUGUGCACGUUCACAAGUUUUCGUUCCGACUUAGAAACGUAGUGCUACGAAAUCCAGAAGGUUUGAAAAUUCGAGUACGAGAUUUGUGGUUGGACGAAAAUAUGAAUGGACGCCUUGAAGCUUUGAGCAAUAUAAUUGAUGAAUCGAGUUACCCCCUUGAAGUACUCACUAUUUUCAACGGUGAAGAAGAAGAAGUUGAUCCAUUUGCUCAUCCUGUUUUAACAAGUGUCCCAAAGCUUAUUUUGGAGGGAUUCAAACCAGAUGAUAUGACUCUUCUAUUGAACCUAAGAAAUGAAAAAGUUUUUUUCAAAUAUUGGGAGGAUUUCCAAACUUUCACAGUUGAUGAUCUUCUUCUAUUUGUUCAAAAUAUACUUGCAGCUAGAUCUCCGGUUGGAGUUCGUAGAUCAUUUGGGGUGCACGGUGAAGAUCUAAUCGAGAAUUUUUUGAAUCAAGUAGUAGUACAGUUCAAUGAAAUCAGAAGAGACAGAACUGCUGGAAUCCCAAUGGGAAAUUAUUCCUACCUCAAAGUGUUUUACAAAGGUGUUCUCACAAGUGUUCGAGAAGACCGUCCACAAAUUACGAGGUGGUACGUUACAAUGACUGUUGUGGAGGCUUCACUGGAUUAA